AUGACAGUUGUAGCGCCUACGAUCAAUGGCGAGACUAUCUCGAAGGAGGAGAGGAAGAGGUUGAAGAAGCUUGCAAAGCAGCAAGCGAAGGAGGCGGCUGCUGCGAAUGAGAAUGUUGAACCUCAGGCGAAUGGCGUAGAGUCCAAGAAGAAGGAGAAAAAGGAUAAGAAGAAGAAGGAGAAGAAGGAGAAGAGCGAGGUGAAGGAUGAGAGCGGGGAUGGGGAUGCUAUGGCUGUUGAUACACCUAUGAACGGGGAGUCGAAGGAGGAUAAGAAGGAGAAGAAAAAGGAGAAGAAGGAUAAAAAGAAGAAGGAGAAGGAAAAGUCUUCAGAGACGGAGGGCGAACCUAUGCUCGUCGAUUCGACCGAAUCGUCCUCCAAGGAAGACAGAAAAGAAAAGAAAAAGCGGAAACGCGAAGCAGAGGCCGACGAACCCGUGUCAAAAGAGAGCAAGAAAGAAAAGAAGAAGCGACGGAAAGAGGGCGAAACGUCCUCUGCCUCUGCUGAGGCCUCUUCUUCCUCCACCCCUGCCGCCGAACCUUCAUCCUCUUCUUCACCAACGAAAUUCGCCCUCUCUGCACCAACGACACCCAAAGCUGCUGAGGAAUUCCUCGCCAAACACUCGAUUACGAUCACCCUCCCUGAGGGAUCUUCGCCCGCUGAUAAAGUCCUCCCCGUUGUAUCGUUUGACCAGCUUUCGAACCUUCCACAGAGGCUGAGGGAGGAGGCAUUCAAGGGUUUCAAGGAACCUUCGCCUAUCCAGGCUUGUACAUGGCCUCCGGCGCUUGAAGGCAAGGAUGUGGUUGGGAUUGCGGAAACCGGGAGCGGAAAGACACUGGCGUUCGGAAUUCCCGCUCUUAACCGCCUCAUCUCCUCUCCCUCAGGUUCGGGUAUCUCAACCCUCAUCGUCGCUCCCACCCGCGAACUCGCCAUCCAGACACACGACAACCUCUCCGCUCUCGCAGCUUCCUUUGGUAUCGCCUCCGUAGCCAUCUUUGGCGGUGUGUCAAAAGACAGCCAAAUCAAGAUGCUUAAAAAGUCUAUUUCUUCCUCGAAAUCUAAGAAGGGUAAAGGAGGAGAGGGGGGUGAUGGGUUGGUGACGAGGAUUGUGGUUGGUACGCCUGGACGGAUUUUGGAUUUGAUGCAGGAUGGGGUGUUAGAUUUGAGUGGGGUUGAUUAUCUUGUGUUGGAUGAGGCGGAUAGGAUGUUGGAUAAGGGCUUUGAGAAUGAUAUUAGGAGGAUUAUUGCUGCUACGAAGAAGAAGGAGGAGAGGCAGACUAUGAUGUUCAGCGCGACGUGGCCAGAGGCUGUAAGAAGACUCGCGAGCACUUUCCAGAGGGAUCCUGUACGGGUUACCGUCGGAAGUGACGACCUGACGGCCAACAGCCGCGUUGAACAGGUUGUGGAAGUCUUUGACGAUGUGAGGUCGAAAGAUCAACGCCUCAACAACCACCUCCGCGCCCUCCUCCCCAAAAACAAAAAGUCCUCCGCAUCUGCCAAUUCCCCACUCGAAAUCUCCCGCAUCCUCGUUUUCGCACUCUACAAAAAAGAAGCCUCGCGCGUCGAAGAGAUGCUCAAGAGACAAGGCUACACCGUCGGAGCCCUGCACGGCGAUAUGUCGCAAAGUGCUCGCAUGGAAGCACUGGAUAACUUCAAGACGGGCAAGACGCAGUUGCUGGUGGCGACGGAUGUGGCGGCGAGAGGGUUGGAUAUUCCGAAUGUGGGAGCUGUGAUUAAUUAUACGUUCCCGUUGACUAUUGAGGAUUAUAUUCAUCGGAUUGGGAGGACUGGUCGUGGUGGCAAGACGGGCAAAUCUAUCACGUUCUUUACGGGUGAAAACCAUGAACGGUCGCUUGCGGGAGAGUUUGCUCGGGUGUUGAGCGAUGGAGGGUUUGAUAAUGAGCAGCUCAAAGCCAAGUUCCCGAUGACCAUUAAAAAGAAGGAGCAUAGUGUUUAUGGGGCGUUCUAUCGGGAUGAUAUUCCUGCGCCUAAAGGACCCACCAAGAUUACUUUCUAAUUGCUGGGCGCUGG